AUGGCGGACCUCAACCGCCAGCUGCAGGAAUAUCUGGCGCAGGGGAAAGCGGGCGGCCCAGCGGCCGCGGAGCCGCUGCUCGCCGCGGGCGAGGCGAAGGAGCCCGCGGCGGGGGCCGGGGCGUGGUUGGGCCGCGCGGGCCUGCGCUGGACGUGGACGCAGAGCCCCGCGGAGCAGGCGGCGGGACAGACGUGUCUGCCCAGCGUGACGCGCACUCAGCGGCUGAUGGCGAGUGGCGUGUGCCUGCUGCUGGCUGCGUUCUGCUUCGGCCUGGCCGCACUCUACGCGCCUGUACUGCUGCUACGCGCCCGGAAGUUCGCGCUGCUGUGGUCGCUGGGUUCUGCGCUGGCACUAGCGGGAGGCACACUCCUGCGAGGCGGCGCAGCGUGUGGACGCCUGCUGCGCGGAGAGGAGGCGCCCUCCCGGCCCGCGCUGCUCUACGUGGUCGCGCUAGGCGCGACGCUAUACGCGGCGCUGUGUCUGCGGAGUACGUUGCUCACAGCCCUGGGCGCCUGCGCACAAGUGGCCGCACUGCUGGCCGCGUUGCUAGGCGUGCUACCGCGGGGCGCGGGCACCGCUCUGCGCAUCACGCUCGGGCGCUUGGGCCCGGGCGCCGCCCUCGCCAAGGCGCUCCCCGUUUGA